AACCGUUGACAGUCAGCCAAUAGGAAUGAUCGGAGUUAAUUUUGUGAAAUGUGAUUGGUGCGAUUUGUGUCCCGUGCUAGCGAUUGGAAGAGGCGGGUAGGCCGUGCUGUGGGGGAGAUAUAUCAGGCUGUGUAGGGCUGCGGCCGAUAUGGCGUCUAACUAUAAAAAGCCAUCGCACGGAUCGGCAACUCAGAGGAAGAAGACCAGCCCGAAGCCGGAACUGACGGAAGAGCAGAAGCAGGAGAUCAGGGAGGCCUUCGAUCUGUUUGAUACUGAUGGAAGUGGAAACAUAGAUGUCAAGGAGCUGAAGGUUGCCAUGCGAGCCUUGGGGUUUGAACCUAAGAAGGAGGAGAUUAAGAAGAUGAUCACCGAUAUUGAUAAAGAGGGAUCAGGAAAGAUCAGCUUCAAUGACUUCCUGUCAGCAAUGACCCAGAAGAUGGCCGAAAAAGAUUCCAAAGAGGAAAUCAUGAAGGCUUUCCGGUUAUUUGAUGACGACGAAACUGGAAAAAUCUCUUUUAAAAAUCUGAAGCGAGUAGCCAAAGAGCUUGGAGAAAACCUCACGGACGAGGAACUACAGGAGAUGAUUGAUGAAGCGGACAGGGACGGAGACGGGGAAGUGAACGAGCAGGAGUUCCUUAGAAUAAUGAAGAAAACCAGCCUGUACUGAACGCUCUGCUGGGCAUUCUGGUCCUUCCUGGGGGAACAGCAUUGUUCGUCUCGUCUCCUUAAGGAACUGACAAAACCCUUAUAACUCCAGAAAGCACAAAUGUGUCAUUGACCCACGUCUCCUCCUUCACCAGUACUGGGUAAUGGAGAUGUCUUAAGAAAAGCCACACAAUGGGCCAACCAGACUGUAUUAGGCAGCCCUUUGUUUUUACUGUGUAUAGGAAAAGGAAAGCCGUGCCUAUAUCGUCUACCUGGGGUUGGAAACGGGCAAGGGAAGCCGAUGUGUUGUAAAAUGUGUUCAGUCCUUGGUGACAUUGACCAGUUAAAGAGAUACUGAUGACCCUUGUCAGCAUUUUAUUACAGGUUGUUGAACCAAA